UGUAAUUACAUAUCAUUAAAAAAUUCUGUUGCUGUCACUCUCAUUUUCACAUUGUCUCAUUUUCAAGUGCUGACAUUUAUUGCCCUUCCAUAUAGAUCGUGUCAGAUCAUUCUCAGUAUUAAUGCUUGCACACAGGAGGAUUCACUCCACAAAAGUAUUUUUCAAUGCACACAAAAUAAUAACACUAAUGUAUUUCAGAUGUAUGUACACAUAUUUCUUGUUUUAAAUAAAUCUAAUAUAAAUCAACAAAUAUUUAUUUAUUUGCCAUUUCCAUCUAACAUGGAAACAUGGAUGUUACAUUUCUGUACUAACCUGCAUUUACAAUCUGCUUGUCAUGUGUGAAAUUCACUCCAUUUCUGCGGGUUUUUGAGACUUUCCUGUCAUGGCUCAAUUUCACAAAGGCAUUUAAAAAAAAAAAGGAAUUAUCUGUAGUCAGUCAAUAUGUUAACAUUUAAUUCUCUUCUAUGGAUUCAGAUUUGUCUCAUAAGAUGGCUCCCUCCAUUUCAGAUGAUCACAUAAGUGUAAAUUUGAGGGUGUGCUUUAUGUCAUGUGAUCACAUAGCAUUGCAUCUAAAUGCAGGUCAAUCUCAAUAUGGAGUCUGGUAGCUGCUGUCCACACAUGUAAGUUAUAACAAUCCAGUCAUGCAUGAUUGAAUGUUAAAUAUGUUUCAAUGAAAGCUGUCUAGGUUAGAUAACUAGCAGGCAAAUGGAUGAUCCUUGGUCGUCUAUAAGCUAUCUUGUUACCUAACGCUAGUGUUAAAUGCCACAUCAUUAACUUAGCAAGUAUUCGUAACUCAAACAUAUUUAAUCAUGCAUGGCAGGAGAAUUAUCACUUAUCUGUGUGAAAGACUAAGGUUGUAGGUUGUGGUAAUAACAUUUUACAUCUGACAUAUGUCUAUGGAUGAAAGGCUAAGUAAUGCAUUAGUGAAAUCGAGCCACAGCAGGAAUGUCUCACAAAGCCUGCACACAAAUGCAAUGAAGUUUGUAUGUAAAGUAGCUUCACACUACAAUUUGAAGAACCAGACUUUAAUAACACUGUCUGUAAUUUGAUUGAUAUCCACGAGUUGCCACCUGAACGUGCCAUCUUGCACAUUCUUUGGGAUGAUCCACCUACACUUGCUCAUCAAGAGUCAGACUCUGUUGAUUCAGGGUCUUCCCUGGACACAGCCAGAUUAUCCAGUAGAGAGUCAGCCCAGAGUCCUUCAGAUUUCAUCAGCGACUACCUGCCAAGUGUAUCCGGAUGGCCUUCACCUUUUCCCAAAUCCAGCCUUCUCCUAUGAUGUGGAAUUAAAGUUGCGUGCAGGCAAUGAGGCAUAUGAAAAGACCAAGAAAGGCAUCAACCUAACAAGAGACAUGAAGAUGGACAUUUUGGACAGGAUUGCUCAAGCAGUUUUUGAAGUGAAAGCCUAUCCUGAUCAAGACCAGAUUGGGUCAGUUGCUUUGGCUCUUGUCAGUAAGCACCCCUGCCGUCGAGAACCGGGCAGUGGAACAGGGUAUGAUGGAUUGAAAAUGAGCAUAAAAUACAAACUUGGUAAUUACAGGUCCAAGCUACGUCAGGCAGGGUGUAUCGAGGUCAGCAUUAAUAGGAAAAGACGAUGCGAUGAAGAUGAUGCUGCAGGUUCUUCUUUGAAGAAAGCAAAGCGAGGGGAAAUUAAUCAUGUCCCUGACCAUCCAAAUAAUCACACUGAAGACUCGCUGGAGGAGGAAAGACUGGCUCUGGUUGAGGAAUAUAUGAAGAGGAAUAAGAAUGUUGAACUCUUACAGCAAAAGAUGGCGCUGACUUUCUCCCUGAGGCGCAAGGAGAUUGUGGAGCUAGAGCCUAUGGUGUCAGAGGUUCAGGGGCGGUGGCCUGCUCUGUUUUGUGAGGAAGAGAUCAGUGAAGAGUUCCAUCGGAUCACCAACAAGAACCUAAUAGACAACUUCAGAGCAGCCAUUAAUCAGCACACUCCAAGGCUCCUUAGACUCUAUCGGGCUAGGAGAACAGCUUUUCCACCUGAGAUGGAUCAACUCCUUGACCGACUGGAUGAGGAGACAUCUAACAUCACAGCACAUCGACAGACUGCAGCCUUGAAGGGCCUUCCCUUGUAUCUCUGUGACAGUCAUGAGAAGCUGUUCAGGAACUGUCCUGCAACUGAUCCAGAAGAGGAGCAGACGAAGGGCCUCACUGUGGGAAUCCUGACUGUGUUGGAGGAUGAUGAUAGUUCAGGUCCUGCAAGUGUCAUAAACGUCGCUGUGACUGUAGAAGAAGCCAUCGUCCUUCAGGAUCUCCCUGACCUGCUGAUAGCUUUUGCAUACCUUUUUGGGCUGAUCUACGUUUUGAACCUCCAGUACCCAAAAGAACUGAGGUGA